GCCGUUAAUUCACCUCCUUUUCAGUGGAGUGCUGAAGCUUCGUUCGGAUCAUGUCCAGCGGUUCUGCCGAUUAUAACAGUUCUAGAGACCGAGACCAUGGGGGCCCAGAUGGGAUGGAACCUGACGGUAUCAUUGAGAGCAAUUGGAACGAGAUUGUCGACAAUUUUGAUGACAUGAACCUGAAGGAGACCCUUCUCCGGGGAAUUUAUGCGUAUGGUUUUGAGAAACCCUCAGCAAUUCAGCAGAGAGCAAUCAUUCCAUGCAUUAAAGGCUAUGAUGUCAUUGCUCAGGCCCAGUCAGGAACUGGCAAAACAGCCACAUUUGCCAUUUCAAUUCUGCAGCAGCUGGAGAUAGAGCAGAGAGAGACCCAGGCUCUGGUUCUGGCUCCUACCAGAGAGCUGGCCCAACAGAUUCAAAAAGUAAUCCUGGCUCUGGGUGAUUACAUGGGUGCCACCUGCCAUGCCUGCAUUGGGGGCACCAAUGUUCGAAAUGAAAUGCAGAAGCUGCAGGCGGAGGCUCCCCACAUAGUCGUGGGCACGCCAGGGCGAGUGUUCGACAUGCUAAACAGGCGAUACUUGUCUCCGAAGUGGAUCAAGAUGUUUGUCCUGGAUGAGGCUGAUGAAAUGUUGAGUCGAGGGUUCAAGGAUCAAAUCUAUGAAAUUUUCCAGAAAUUGAGCACAAAUAUUCAGGUUGUUCUUCUCUCAGCUACAAUGCCAGCUGAUGUGUUGGAGGUGACCAAAAAAUUCAUGCGUGAACCAGUUCGUAUCCUUGUGAAAAAGGAAGAACUUACCUUAGAAGGUAUCAAGCAAUUCUACAUCAACGUGGAACGGGAGGAAUGGAAAUUGGACACGCUUUGUGACUUGUACGAGACUUUGACAAUCACCCAGGCGGUCAUCUUCUUGAACACCCGGAGGAAAGUAGACUGGCUGACUGAGAAGAUGCAUGCCCGGGAUUUCACUGUGUCUGCCCUGCACGGAGACAUGGAUCAGAAGGAGAGGGAUGUGAUCAUGCGGGAGUUCAGAUCAGGAUCCAGCAGAGUGCUUAUCACUACAGAUUUGCUGGCCCGUGGCAUUGAUGUCCAGCAGGUGUCCUUGGUGAUAAACUACGACCUUCCCACAAAUCGGGAAAAUUACAUCCAUAGAAUUGGGCGUGGCGGCCGUUUCGGCAGGAAAGGAGUUGCUAUCAACUUUGUCACAGAGGAGGACAAGAGGAUCCUUCGAGACAUCGAGACCUUUUACAAUACGACUGUUGAGGAGAUGCCCAUGAAUGUGGCUGACCUGAUUUAAAGCCCUGGGAUGAGAUUUACUUCAUGCGGUGCUCGCACUUGCUGAAUAAAUGCGUGCAUUUUGCUUUUAUUGGAAAACAUUGAAUCUUCUCUAUGCUGAGAGCAGAUCAGAGUACAGAUACGAUAAGUGUGGUGAAGUGGGUCUGUCUGUGGACUUGACCUUCCCACCUGUAUGGCUGCUGGGUUGGAAUUCAAAGACAUGGGCUCUUUUUGCUCUUUCCUUAUCAAACAUUUUCUUCCUAGUUCAAUAAAGAUGCGUGUGUUA